AUGUCACCACCUGGUCAAAAAAACUUUCAUACAGCAAAGCCCGAGGAAUCGACAGCGAUUGAUCGGUCGAUACCUGAAUUUGCCGCAGCACAAAUAUCCGAUGAGGAUGACUAUUUCGCAAGUCAUAAACCACCAUCAUAUUUACCUGAAAUUGAGCAAGAAUUGUCUCAAUUUAUCAAAUACCACCAACAACAAUCGCAAAAGAAGAUUGCGUUGGUCACUUCAGGAGGAACCACUGUUCCGUUGGAGAAUAAUACUGUUCGAUUUAUUGAUAAUUUCAGUGCUGGUACUAGAGGUGCUACAUCUGCCGAGUACUUCUUGGAGAAUGGGUAUGCGGUGAUUUUCUUGCACCGUGAAUUUUCGUUAUUGCCAUACUCGAGACAUUUCAGCCAUUCCACCAACUGCUUUCUCGAUUUUAUGAUUGAGCAUGAAGGCAGGAUUGAAAUCAAUCCCAAAUUCAGUGAUGAGAUGUUGCAGGUGUAUCGUAAAUACCAUCAAGCACAAUCGUCAAACUCAUUGUUAUUGAUCCCCUUCACCACUGUCAAUCAAUAUCUAUACACCUUAAAAACGAUAUCAGAAUCAUUAAAAGUUUAUUCAAGUAGGGCACUUUUUUAUCUAGCUGCUGCCGUUUCAGAUUUCUUUAUUCCUCAAUCAAGAAUGCCCCAGCACAAGAUUCAAAGUUCAGCCACCCAAGAUGGAGAAUUGGUGAUUCGGUUGGCUCAAGUGCCAAAGUUUUUGAGUCGAUUGGUUGAAAACUGGACUUCUGGAGCAAUGAUUAUAAGUUUCAAGUUGGAGACGGACAAUAACAUAUUGUUGAAGAAGGCGCGAAGUGCAUUGGAGAGAUAUCAUCAUCAGUUGGUUAUUGGAAACUUGUUACAGACUAGGAAAAAAGAGGUUGUGUUUGUUAGUCCCGAUGGGGGUGAGCAAUGGGUCCGUUUAACUGAUGACGAAGUGAGACAAGGGGUUGAAAUUGAAAGCAAAAUGAUACCAGCCGUUGUAAAGAUUCACGAUGAGUGGAUCCAAAAAGGCUCAAGAGUGAGCGAGUAA